AUGGUCACAGAAAAUCAUUCGCCGCCUCCAAACCUCCUAGUCCCUACAUGCUCGAAGAAUCACCCAACAACGACCACUACAUCAACAACUCCCGUUCUACCACAAUACGGUCUACUGGGGUUUCACAUUGGCGAGCACGCCGAAAUUGACGCCAAAGAGCCCGUUUUUCUCAACACGAACGCGCCUAGUUCGGUGUUCAUUUGCGGCUCGCAGGGGAGCGGCAAGAGCUAUACCUUGAGCUGUAUGCUCGAGAACUGCCUCCUCGUGAGCGAAGAACUUGGGAUCCUGCGUCAGCCCGUCGCCGGAGUCGUUUUUCACUACGACGUCGACAGUACCAAUAGCGCUGUUUCCGAAGCUGCUAGCCUGUGCUCCCGCGGGAUUCGAGUUCGUGUGCUGGUCUCCCCCAGCAACAAGUUCAAGCUGGAAGAAGCAUACUCGCGUCUCCCCGGUGCGGCAGAGAAUUUGGAGAUAGCAACGUUGAUGUUUAAAGAUCAGCAUCUGAGCAUCGAGAGGAUGCUCCGGUUGAUGGCAUUCUCGGAAGCCGAAGGAAAUGUGCCGCUGUACAUGGAAGUCAUCCAGAAGAUUCUGAGGCAGAUGGCUAUCCAAGGAACCCAGUUCACAAUGGCGGCGUUCGAGCAACUGCUGGACAAAGAAAGCUUCAUCCCCGGUCAACGCAGCAUGAUGAACAUGCGACUGGAUCUAUUGCGCAGCUUUCUUCAGCCUCAAAAGAAGAAGAAGAAGGGAAUGGAUAAUGUGUUCGAGAGCAAGCCUGGUACGCUCACCAUCGUGGACCUCAGCGAUCCAUUCAUCGACUCAGCUACAGUGUGUCUCCUUUUCGAGAUCUGCCUGGGAUUAGUGAAAGAAAAUCGACCCGAUGCCGGACUGGUCAUCGCGCUGGAUGAAGCGCAUAAAUACCUGAAUGAUUCUCCUGCAGCUGGGAACUUUACCAACCGCCUCCUGACUACGAUUCGCGAGCAGAGGCACAAUGCCACAAGAAUUCUCAUCGCCACCCAAGAACCCACGCUAUCAAGUAAGCUGCUCGAUCUAUGCUCGGUGAGCAUUGUACACCACUUCAAAUCGCCCGCGUGGUUCACGACCAUCCGCAACCACUUGGGCGGGGCGUCGAGUCUCACUGGUACCAGUACAGAACUAGAGAAGAUGUUUGAGAGUAUUAUGAAUUUACGAACAGGCGAGUCCCUCGUCUUCGCUCCGGAGGCUUACGUCUGUCAGGAUGAAUUGUUGGCGCCGCAGAAGCUUGGUGCGGGAGCGAUGAAGAUGCGGACGAGGAAGAGAGUGGGAUUGGAUAGGGGAAAGAGUGUACUCGCGGUGAACAGAAACUAAGUCCGGGUGUUCGAAGUCUUCAGGCGAUGCCAAUAUCUGAGCAGCGACAUGUUCGUGGCCAGCACUACAUACAAGUAAACCUCAUCGCCGACCACAAUGGGAGAAUGGUAGGUCAGGUACAUGUAUAUGGGACGGACGUGAGUACAGUAUGCCGAGAAAUUCAUUGAUGUGAUAGGUACGUGCCUCAGGUACCAAUAAUCAUCAACUGAGAUUUUCUGUCGCCUUAACCAACACUCUACUGACCAUGAUCUCAUGCCAACCCAUUCGACUGAUUGCCAAUAAGCUGUGGUAGCUGCAAUCGCUUCCAUCGACCAAAUCCAAUCCACCACCUGUUGAGCGAGCUCGAUUGAUCGCUAUCGCCGGGUCUGCCCAAUCGAAAUCCCGAUUCACAAGCUUGCCAACGUGUAUGAUCUCGGUGAGUAGUUGUGCACAAUUACACCUUCAAGCAGAUCAAGAAGAUGCAUAUCGAGGCCUACCUGAUCCACGGUAACGAGUAUCCCAGCGAAUUCUUCAAGACUAUUCUUAUUCCAAUCCACGGACGUGUUCAGCUUCGGCACGUAGGCCAGAGCCGUUUGAUCGACAAGAGGAUCUGCGAACUCGACAUCCAAAUCGUAUUUUCCCAGCAGAAAUUGGAUGGCAGCAACACCUGGAGAGUUAUGAAGCAUGCUCUGGCCCCUCUUGAAGCCUACGCCUACAACGAGCACACGCAUUUUCAAGUUUGACAAAGGCCUUCGAGCCCCAGUCGUGCCUCGCUUGUUCUCAAGCACUCGCAUCAGCCGAUCAACAAUCUCAGAAGGCCGUCUCCACGAGGUUUCGGUUGCGUGCUGGAGGAUGGGCAUGUUGCAUGUCUUCAGGAGAUAAUAAGGAUUCACAGGUAUGCAGGGGCCACCGACUCCCGGUCCAGGCCAAAAUGGUUGGUAACCGAAUGGUUUCGAUGCGGCCGCUCUGCUAACCUCCCAUUCAUCGAUGCCCAGGGAGGCGCAAGCGUCGGCCAUCUCAUUGGCAUACGCCGCACAUACCAUGCGCUGACAAUUCUCGUAGAGUUUCGUCAUUUCUGCCGCCUCCAACGAAGACACCGGAAUCAGAUGGUCAAACACACGCCCAUAGAGCUGAUGUACAGCAGCCAAUGAUGGAGAGUCUAUGCCGGAGAUGAUCUUUGGGAUACUCUGGAACGCGGGAAAUUUGCGCCCUGGAUCCACUCUCUGGCCACUCAAUGUCAGCUCUGCUUUCGUAAGCGUUCGAUAUGGUAUACCUCUGGAGACAUGCCCACUUUAGCGUGCUUUGUGGCGACCAGGAAGCUGAGGAGCUCUCUUGUCAUGCCUAUCGCUACUGUGCUUUCUACGACCACAGUAACUCCUGGGCGAACAUGCUGGGCGAUGGUUCGUAUUGCUAUCUCUAGGAACGUGGUAUCGAUGGUUUUGUCGUGGUUGAGAGGGGUUGGGACGGAUAUGAGAAUAGCGUUCGCGGCAGCCAAAUCAGGGGCAUGUGAAGUUGUUCGAACCGCCGCUGAUCCUGAGAAUUGCUGUGCGAUCUUUUCGAUUCUCUGCUUUGAAACAUCAAAAGCAAUCACCUCGUAGACUCUGGCGAAUGCCUCAACCAGGUGUGAACCAACGUAUCCGACUCCAACGACAGCCACGACGGGAUGAAAUUGUCGUUCUUGUGCAAGAGUGGCUUUGAUACGCGCAGUAUCGGAUGUC